CGUGAUUUUUUAUUUUGUGGGUGGAUUUUGGACUGAUUUAUUUUGGCUAAUUUAAUUGGUGUGGUGGGCCUAAUUUUCUGACAAAAUUACCAAGAUCUGAAAUUUUUGUACCGGGUAUCUCGUCUAGUCGUUUGAUAUGACAGAAGAUGGGAAGUUCCGAAUUGAGAAGUUCGAUGGUAUAGAUUUCAGUUGGUGGAAGAUGCAAAUUGAAGAUUUGAUGUUUCACAAAGAUUUGGACGUGGUCUUGGGUGACAAGCCAGAAAAGAUGUCGGAUGCAGAUUGGGCAGGUUUGGAUCGGAAAGCAAUGUCCGUGAUCCGUCUCUCGUUGACCAAGAAUGUUGCGUUCAACAUUCUGAAGGAGAAGACAGCGAAGCGAAUUAUGGACGCGUUGUCUAACAUGUACGAGAAGCCAUCUGCUGCGAACAAAGUUUUUCUGAUCAGAGAGCUGGUGAACACGAGGAAGAAAAAUGACACUUCAGUUACCGAGCAUAUCAACAAGUUGAAUUCAAUCUUAGCCAGACUUUUGUCAGUGGGCAUUAAGUUCGAUGAUGAAGAUCAAGCUUUGCUACUGCUAUCGUCUUUACCUGAUAGUUGGUUCGGAACGGUUACAACGGUUAUCGGUUUAGUGGGACCUGAUGGAUUCACCUUUGAUCAGAUUCGAGAUCUCGUUCUUGGUGAGGAUCUCAGAAGAAAGAGUUCAGAGGAGUCAUCUGGUGAAUUGCUUCAUGUUGGUAGAGGCAGAAUUAAUAGCAGAGGCUCCGCGAGUGACGAGGAGGUCACUCUGACUUGCUGUGAGGAAAGCAAUGUGGAUUCUUGGGUCAUGGAUUCUGGUGUUUCAUUUCAUGCUACCCACAGCGGUGAAGCAUUGCAGAAUCUAGUUAUUGAAGACUUUGGAAAGGUACGACUUGCAGACGAUAGAGCUCUUGAUGUGACGGGCAUGGGUGACAUGGUGUUGAAGACUUCAGUCAGUUUCUGGACUUUGAAGGAUGUCAAAGUGGUUCCAGCCUUGAAGAAAAGUUUGAUUUCUGUUAGGCAGUUGGACGAACAGGGACACGAGGUGAAGUUCAGAGAUGGGCAGUGGAAGGUCGUGAAGGGAAAUCUUGUCAUGGCCCGCGGAACGAAGAGUGGUUCGCUGUACAUGGUCGAGUUACCAUCUGAGGGAGUGACCGUCCCAAUUUAGAAGAGAAACAAAGUCCGGUUCACAUAGUCUCGUGGGCAAAAGAAGGUUGUCUUUGCAAGAGAGAAACCUAGAGCCACAUGCCAGACUCAGGUUGGACGAGCGAGGAAAGGUUCAAGGAGGCCAGUCACAG